AUGGCAAUGUGUAUGCAUGGUAUUUACCUUUCGCGGUGCACUGGUGUCUACCUGCUCUUGCUAUUCCUGCUAUGUCUGCAUCCUGGUUUUGCAGUAGCGCAAUCCUUUGCCAUCAAUCCCAGCUGGGUGGGCACGAGCGCAUCUGAUACUCGCGAAGCCCGACUUGGACUUGCCAGCGCGCUCGCAUCGAUGGUGGUAGAAGCACUACCAGACUGGGACGGCAUCUUUCCUGGUUUAGGGAAAACUGGCCCAACUGCUUCUACCCUAUACUCCCUGUUGGCUCUUCAAGACUAUCUGGCCGCUGAAGACUCAUGGAAGACCAAUGUUACCGCCAAGCUCGAUACAUGGCUCUCCACGCAGCAUGACAUUUUUGCAGGAGACCAGGCGAAGUCGAAUCGUACGACAAGCAAUGCAGCACAAUGGGGCCUCGCUUUCAUAUACAUAUAUCGAGCUUAUGCCAACCAAACCUAUCUGGAGCUGGCCGAAAACGCUUUUGAUCAAAUCUACCCUUACUUCUUCUCUGUCGAAGACGCCACCUCGCAGCAUGUGCCGGGCAAUCGCAACCUAAGCCAUUUUACCGAGGUGUCUCCAUCAAACAACUGUUAUGCGCCAUCGGAAGGUGGUAUCUUCUGGCUCCCCGAGGCACCGAACAGCGACGAGUCUCACACGGAUAGUGUCGGGUCCUUCGCAGUGCUAGCUGGACUUCUAUAUGAAGCCACACAGAACGAGACAUAUAAGGAUGCAGGAAUGUUGUCGACAAAGUUCCUUACAUCGUGGAACUUGGACGAUUCUGGCAUAAUCGAUAAUGUACAGCAUCUACUCAACUGCGACUCUCCAACGGCGACCUCUUCUGGUACUCAAGGAUGGUUCAUCCACGCGCUGGCUGUAUGGGCGAAUAUCACGGGCGACAGCUCAUUGAACACACAACUACGGCAAGCAGUGAGCGGGUCCACCAUCACUAACGAACCGUGGGUUCACACGAAUGGCUCGCUAGCUAGUACAGACCAGUCGUCGUCGGUCAGUGCUAUACCCUGGGACGAAAACGCCAUCCUCGUCCGCGGUCUAAGCGAGACCCUUCGCCGUUGCACGGACUCAGCUGAUUCGGACCUUGUGCAAUACGUGAGAGCCUUUUUGAAUAUCCAGUACAACACCCUCAUAUUCAAUUCUCGGGGUGUCGGAGGCAAUUACAGUCCAAAUGUACUUGGGCCGCCUCCGCCCAAUUUCGGAGCCAUCAAUUACACUGGCAAUGUCUUCGCUCUUGAUAUUCUCAAUGCCGGGUUUGACGCUGUACCUCGUCUUUCCAAUGGCACGACAGCAUCGUCAGCCCAGGCCACCCCAACCGCAACUGGGAAGUCAACGGAAAGCAGCAAUGCCGCAUCUAGCUCUCCGACUGGCGAGAUAGUGGGCGUGGCUAUCGGGGGUGUCUCAGGCACUGCCAUGAUAUUCCUUGUGAUCAUCUGGUGGCGUCGUCGCAGCGGAAACGCCGGUGGGGAGAGGGAUAUGAAGGCCGGGGACGUCCAGAGAUCUUCUGUCGUUGACCCAUAUACGCUGACCGCGCCGAGCGCGACGUACACUAAGGGCGCACCCCCUUUUACAUCUGGCAUUAGGGAGGCCAACACGGCCGAGGACGCGGUGGCACCCCCGAGCACGGAAGAACAGGCGCAUGCGGUUGAGGCCAGUGGGGACACGGGCGGCGUGCGGAGGGAGGAUAUUUCGACGUUCGUCAGACGGCUUGUGAACAACCUGUGGCACGAGCAUCAGGUACCACUCCGAAGAUGCCGCUUCUGCGCCGCCGGAGUACCAGGGAUGAGAUUGCCGGCCAUUUCUCUUUACUUCGUUCCCGUCUGUAGCACAUCAGGGAUAUACUAA